AUGGCGCCCAAGAAAACCAGCAAAGGAGCACGCGGCGGCGGUAGCAGCAGCUCCGGCGGUGCUCUCGAGCCGCCCAAACCCUUCCGCAUCGCUCCGGACUCGCUCAAGGCCUUCACCUCUUCUCUCUCCAAGAAGCAUGUCUACAUCGCACAUGUCGACCAGAAGCCGGCCUCCUUCAAGCGCAAGAUCUUUUCUGUGCCGAUUAUGCUCAACGCCGUCGUCUUUGCCCUCUUCCUGUGGCGCAUGUGGUACAUCAUUCCUUACUACGUCGCGCUUUUGUCUUCCUCGUUCCUGGGGUACGAAAACUCUACAACGAUCCGCAUGGCCGACCUGACCUAUCGGCAAUUUUUUGCGGUGGCCGGCCGGCGCACGCUUACGUUUCUGUUUGAUUUCGUUCUCGCCGUGUUCGUCUGGCCUUGGCCCAUCGAGUUCGUGUUCGGGCGCAAGCACGGCAGUCCCGUGUUGUGGCGAACGGCCAUUGGGUUCCGCGACAAGGAGAUCUACGUGCGCCGGUCGCGGUCGUGGGACACGCAGGUGUAUGGUGUGGAUAUCUUUUCGGAGAAGCCGCAGGGCAACGAGGCGCGCACGAUUCUGUGGGACAUGGUUCGCAACGCAACUUCCCCGAUGCUGCUGCAGGAGAAGACGGGAUACUUGACCAUGAACGGGGACUGGGACUUGGAUUGGAAGGCUAUGGUUAAGGCGACUACCUUGGUGGAUAAGAAAGAGAUUCCCCUGGACGCGUUCAGGACGCUCGUGCUUUGCCACCAUGACAAAUUCGGGUGGAUUGCGAUUGACAUGAAUGAGUCUGGGGAGAAUGCGCAGGAGGCUGAACGCAGGAGGCAGGUUUUUGCGUUCCGUGAUGCGCUGACGGCCAUUGGAAAGGAGAACCUUUUCUAUCGCUGGAUCGAGGUCAUUCAAUUUGAGACCCAGCAAGGCGGCUUUACGCAGGAGCGCCAGAUCGAGGUGGCGCAGAAAAUUCGGGAUCUGUUCAAAGAAAAUGGAGUGGACUUUGACGCGUUUUGGAAGGAGGCUGUUGGGUCGGAUCCCUCAGUUGGGAUAUAAUGACCUACCUUGAAAGAAAGAAGAGAAGGGUGGAAAAGGCAACGACAUAUACAUGUCAUACCGGCUGAGUAGACGGGAACAAGGACAAAGUUCACGAGCAACAUAUAGACCAUAAUUGCAUAUACAGGUAUACAGGGCUGGACGAAUGAAAGGCACCGGAAGAAAUUCGAAUAAAUGCCACUGCAUGUUCGCAGCGAUCCACGGGGAAUAGACGAAGAGAUCGAGAAAGAAAACACCAUCCUCACUGCCUUCAUUUCUUGCUGCUCUUGGCCUUCUUCUGAGGACCAAGGGCUGCUUCACGCCUCUUGGCCUCCUUGGCCUCAAACUGUUCCCUCUUGAGCUUCUCCUGGGCUUCGCGUUCUUCCUUCUCGGCCUAUCAAAAUCGGAGACGGUUAGCAGCAAGUCCCGUAUGAUGUACGAUGGCGGAGCAACAACAAAUAUGCCACAUACCUGUUUCCUAGC